UAUCUAAUUAACCGCAAGCACCCACGUGGCUUCACUAAGGAUGCUUUGAUUGCUUUGAAGCUUUGCAUACGCUCUAGAGACAAGAAAAGGUGAUCUAGCUCUCGUGGAUGUUGAGAUUGUUAAACUCUUUGAGAGGUUUUUAUCCAAGAAAGCAAAAGAUCAUCCCUAUAAAUUUGUUACGUCAGAGGUUCAAGAUGUCAUCGCCACUAGAGAAAGGAAUGGCCAGUGUGUCUGUGAGUGAAGAUAAAAAAGGAGGAAAAAAGAAGUCGGCAGCGGAAUCCGGGAGGUCAUUGGAGUUGAAUCCCCCUCCUGAGUACUUGCAGUCCAGGUUGGAAAUGUUCACUAAACUGAAGGUUGAAUAUGACGCUAAAGUAGCUGGGAUGGAGCGUACACCAAUCAAGAUCACUCUUCCUGAUGGUAAAGUGGUGGAUGGUAAAUCCUGGGUGACCACGCCCUACGAUAUUGCCGCUACCAUCAGUAAGGGUCUGGCAGACAACACUGUGGUUGCCAAGGUGAACGAUCAGCUGUGGGAUUUAGAUCGGCCAUUUGAAGGAGAUGCUUCCCUCAAGCUGCUCAACUUUGAUGAUGAUGAAGGUUGCUAUGUGUUCCGUCAUUCGAGUGCUCACAUUCUAGGCGAGGCUAUGGAACGUCAUUACGGUGGCUGCCUGUGUUAUGGACCACCCGUGGAUGAUGGCUACUACUAUGACAUGUACCUGGAGGGGACUCAGGUGACUCCCUCCGAGUACCCUCACCUUGAUACUCUCUUCAGGAGCAUUGUCAAAGAGAAGCAACCUUUUGAGAGGCUUGAAAUGAAAAAAGAGGACUUGCUGGAAAUGUUCAAGUAUAACAAGUUCAAGUGCCGCCUCAUCAAGGAGAGAGUGACCACACCCACUACCACUGUGUACAGGUGUGGUCCCCUCAUUGACCUUUGCCGUGGACCACAUGUCCGACACACUGGCAAGAUCAAGUCAGCCACCAUCACCAAGAACUCUUCUACGUACUGGGAGGGCAACUGUGAGGCUGAGAGUCUGCAGAGGGUGUAUGGUAUCUCCUUCCCUGAUAACAAGCAACUCAAGGAGUGGAAGCACUUCCAAGAGGAGGCAGCAAAGAGAGACCACAGGAAACUCGGCAAGGAGCAAGAGCUGUAUUUCUUCCACGAGUUGAGUCCAGGCAGCUGCUUCUUUCUCCCUAGAGGAGCGCACAUUUACCACGUCCUACAGACCUUUAUCAGAGAGGAGUACCGCAAGAGAGGCUAUCAAGAGGUGAUCACACCCAACAUCUAUAACAAGAAGCUGUGGCUCACUUCAGGACACUGGGAACACUAUGAAGAAAAUAUGUUCUGUUUUGAUGUCGAGAAAGAGACCUUUGCCCUGAAGCCAAUGAACUGCCCCGGCCACUUUCUCAUGUUCAACCACCGCCCCCGCUCCUGGCGAGAGCUCCCAUUGAGAAUGGCUGACUUUGGUGUUCUCCAUCGCAACGAGCUCUCUGGAGCAUUGUCUGGUCUGACAAGAGUCCGCCGGUUCCAACAGGAUGAUUCUCACAUCUUCUGCACCAACGAACAAAUUGAAGGAGAGAUCAAUGGCUGCCUAGACUUCCUACAGUAUGUGUACGGAGUGUUUGGGUUCUCGUUCAAACUCUACCUCUCCACAAGGCCAGCCAAGUUCAUGGGAGACCCCGCCCUCUGGGACCAAGCAGAGAAGCAACUGGAGAAGUCCUUGGUUGAGUUUGGGUAUCCGUGGGGAGUGAACCCAGGAGACGGUGCCUUCUAUGGCCCUAAGAUUGACAUCAUUAUUCUGGAUGCCCUCAAGAGACCCCACCAGUGUGCCACCAUUCAGCUUGACUUCCAGCAACCAGAGAGAUUCAACCUACAUUACAUCACGGGCACAGACUGUGAGGAGAGGAAGAGACCUGUAGUCAUCCAUCGUGCCAUUCUUGGAUCAGUUGAGAGAAUGAUGGCCAUUCUUACUGAGAGCUUUGGUGGAAAAUGGCCGUUCUGGUUGUCCCCUCGUCAGGUCAUGGUCAUCCCCGUGUCACCAAAGUUCGAGGACUAUGGAUUUGAGGUGUACCAGCGGCUGCAUGCUGAUGGUUUCCAGGUGGAUAUAGACACUGCCCCCGGGGACACGUUCAACAAGAAGAUCAGGAAUGCCCAGCUGGCCCAGUACAACUACCUCCUCGUGGUUGGUGACAAGGAGCGUACUAACAAGACGGCCAAUAUUCGUACUCGUGACAACCAGGUCCUGGGGGAGAUGGCACUAGACGUCCUCAUCCCCAAACUCAGUCAACUGGAUAAGAUGAAAGUUAACGAUGACUCGAAGGUCUUCUCAGAGGCUCAAGGAGAACAAUGAACAUACUAAAAACUGUUUAAUUUUAGCUGGACUUUAAAUCAUUUAUUCUGAAUUUCUUUUUUGAUUGAUACCUAAUAGAUUUUGGUUAUAGCCGCGGUAUUACAUGA